GGCGUCGACGAAACGGUCGGCAGGAGAGCGUACAAUGGCGGGCAUGCAGGGACGCGCGGGUGUUGGUGUAGGUCAGGGCGGAAUACGACCUGCGACGGCGGAGCCUCCACGGCGGUACGACCUAUCCAUGUACGCCCAUUUGCAGUCGUGGGAGACGCCACUGCCCCCGUCGGACGAGGAGCCCGAGACGGAAGAACUGCCGACGUUGCCUCUUGCCAGCGGCUCGACGCAGCUUUGGUCGCAGACGGUGCGAGCAGGCGGUUCGGGUUGCAACGAAGGCGGCGAGUACACGUCUUUGCUGCAGCAAGGCUUGGGAGACGACGACGACGGAGGACUUGAUCUCAGGUUCGGCUCGUGUUCUGGCGGGUCCAAGGAGGCGAGCCGUACGUUGAUCAUCGACACCGAUCCUUCGCCACGUGGCGUGGAACAGGGUGGGAGUCAGCGUACGGAUCAAACCACCCUUUGUGCCCGUGCGUCCGUCGCUGCCAGUGUCGGGCCAUCUGCAGUGCUCCGGCGUCAAGGCUCCACAGCACCGUCCGCCGAUCGAUCGACAAGUAACUGGCCUGCACGCAACGGAGCCGCAGCCGGGUCACCGCGCGUCGAGUGUGCACGUCCUUCGAUGCCCGAACGCACAACACCGACCCAAUCCGACGUCAGGGACGCGGGUGCAUGCAGACCGCCGGUGCGUCCAGUACCCACUGUGGAGAACAUCACACGAGGUGUGUCGAACAUGCGGGCACACAGUGAUGGCGGCGACGACGACGGUGUUGGCGGCGAUGAUGCUGACAAGCGAUUGAUGGAGGACGUGGACGCAGGGGACGACGACGAAGACAUUCCUGUUCGUCCGUUGGGGAAGACGGGUGGGAGGGGAGAGCACGCAGCAGGGGUGCUCGACGAUGCCGGGAAGUCUGUGACGUACUGGUCUCCGGAGGAACAACUGCAACUAGUGAGAUGCAAGCGGGAGCAAGAGAUGCACCUCGCCGGGCUGGGCCACAACUACGGGCAGAUGCGGACGAAGGACUGGAAGUGGGACGACAUUGCAAAGCGCAUGGCGAGCGCGGGGAAACCGAAAGAUGCGGACGACUGCAUGAAGAAGUGGGACAAUCUGUUCCAAAACUACAAGAAGAUACAGAGGUUUCAGAACGCAAGCGGCCGUCCUGAUUUCUUCGGCCUUACGAAUGAAGAAAGGAAGGAGCACAAUUUCAAGUUCCGGAUGGAGAGAGCGCUGUACAACGAGAUCCAUGCUGGCAUGCUGGGCAACCAUACAAAUUUUCCUCCGAACAUCGCCGACACAGGAAAUCCUGACGGGAGGCAGCUUCCCAGGAGAGGAGGUGGCGGUGGGGAGUCAGUUGGUAGUGAGGCUGGUGGUGAAGGCUUCCCCGAGGAACGUUCUUCUGCGCGGGAGUCCGAGAACAACGCAGGCAGCGGGGCUGGAGGCGGCAAGCGGAAGAAUGCACGUCAACAGGUGUCGGAGUCGAUCGCCGAUGUCAUGGAUCGACAUGGCGAGCUGAUGUCGUCGACGAUCGAAUCCUCCAGCAAGCAGCAAUGCAGCAUUUUCACGAGGCAAUGUGACAUACUGGAGCAGGAAGUAGCAGUCCAGAAAGAGCACUACGCGGCGUCCAAUGAAACGCAGAGGAUGAUGUGCCACGCGCUUAUGGAAAUCGCUGCGAAGAGGCUACGGUCAGACGAUGCGUCGACAAGGGUCCCUCUUGGAGGAGCGCAAGGUUGGGCGGCAGAAGUGGGGGGCGACUACGACGACGACUUCGCGACUGGCGAAGAUCAGGCACAGGCGACUACGUCUGGAGUUCGGGAGAGUAGAGGGCAACGACAAUCUCAUCACAGCGCUUCGAAAAGGCUGAUGACCCCUCCACCCGAUACGAAACAAGUGCGCGCCCGCGACAGGCGGACUGAUAACGCUGACGUCCACGAUGUUGGUGACGACGAUGACGAGCCCUUGGAAAGACGCCACCUGCGCAGUCACACAGCAGGCACCCCGCCGCCGGCGGCUUCGGGCCACGCUCUCGCUGGAGAAACGACAGUCACGGGUAGGCUGCCCGCCAUCACGGCUGCGCCACGCCCUCGCAACACGGCUGCUGAAGGAGGGUCCGUCCAACGAGGCGGUGGUGGGGUAGUCGCGGCGCACGCGGGCGCAGUUGGGGUUGAGGCGGCAGGUGCGGCGGGCGCGGUUGCGGGUGUUUCAGGCAGUGCGCCCCCAGUUCCGGCGGCGAAAGAGGAGGGAGCAGUUGUGGCGAUGGCGAGGGACGACGCGCGUGGAGAGAAGAGGAGUGAUCGGGAGGGCGGCGAAGGUGGUUCGAACAGGCCGCGUAGGGGAGUGUUGUCAAAUGACCUCGUAGACUGUGUCGUCCUUUCGGUCGACGACAAACCUUUCUGGACGAUGGGGGAGGGGCGAAGACUCUACAACAUCGUACACGAGACAAGAGAGUACUUUGUCGCCAUAGCCAGCGGACUUCCACCGCCUGCGAUCCCUCGGAGCGUUGUGAUGCCCAAAUCCAUCACACGAAUAGCCAGGAUCGCCGACCCGUCGCAGCUGCAACAAGCGACCUCCCAUGCGUCGGCAGUGGAGAACAUCGCUCUCUGCGUAUUGCACGGCUGGGUUUUCAAGUCCGUGAACCGCCCGAGGGGUUACAAUCUUGCUUUCCAGUACGCGCUGGAGUCCGUGGCGACGGACAUAGUGCGAGCUAUGUGGUACGGCGAGGAGUGGUGCAACGUCGUCAGCCCUGCGGUUUGCGCACACACAAUAGAUCUCUCCAUGGACUUGCCGCUGUGGUUCGCGGGCGUGAACGUCGAGAACAGACCGGACGACGAUGACAUGGCGGCGUACCAGGAGUCCACCAUCAUCUGCGUCGCGCAUGCGUUCCGGAAGGCAGUGCAAAUGGGGGCGGUCAUCGACGGCGAGUUCAUCUCACACGAUCGUCUUUGUCGGGUGGCUGACUGCUUUAGACUGUUGUUGGUGGCAUGAAUGUGGAUAGUGCGCAUGGCGGGAGACGAUCCGCGCAGCCACUUCAAAGCUUUCUACUUCACGACGCUGGUGUCGAAGCCCA